AAAAGGAGUAACUGUGGUCUUUAUAAGUAGUUCCGGCAAUUCAAGAACCACAGUUCGUUUGUAGUGUUUAAAUUCAUUGUCGUGAUACCACCCGCUUCUUUCGUAUUUCCAUCUCGUGACCGUCAUGUCUGAGGCUAAGUGUUCCAUCAGGCGAAAACGGGUAUCAGCCAAGAGACAACAUCAUCAUCAGAAGUUCAUAGCCAAAGUAAAUGUGCAACGUAAGAAAGAAGGGAAAACCGAAUUGUCUGGUCUAAGGACUACCAAAGUAAAAGAAGCGCCGGAGAAGCCCAAAUUUAGAUUUCCUCGUAGUUAUUUAGCACAACAGGGUAAGCGGAAGCUACGUUUGAGGAAAACAAAAUGCUACUCCCAACAUGUUCGAAAGAUUCGGUCCACAAUUCAGCCAGGAACUGUACUUAUCCUGCUUGCCGGACCGCAUAAGGGCAAGCGUGUUGUCUUCCUCAAAGCUCUAAAGAGUGGGUUGCUUCUUGUUACUGGACCUUUCAAGUAUAAUGGUGUCCCCCUUCGAAGAGUAAAUCAGUGUUAUGUGAUUGCAACCUCAACACGGAUAGAUAUUUCUAAAUUCGAGAUACCCAAGCACAUUGAUGACGAGUACUUCCGACGUGUUGAUUUGAAGGAGAAUAAGACUGAGGCCGAAAAACUGUUCAGUACUGAGACAAAGCCUACUCGUUAGUACCAGGCGUUGUCAAGAGUUCGUCCCUUACUGGUUUUAGAGAGCUUCCAAUUAUGUAGUUGUCAUGCUCUCUACAUGUCCUCCGUCUGGCGCUACUCGUUAGCCGCGAUUAAGAAUCCCCAGUUGUCGUGAAACUUCUGCUAAUCGCACCUGUGUUGCGGUUUCGGAGCCAACCAAGAACAGUUUUAAUGCUUCAAGUAACCAGAUCCUCGUGAUCAUACUUAUCGGGAAUUUCCCGAUCUUUUUUUCAGUGAGUCUUGGUUAUCCGUCUUUAAAGUUCAUCGCCUUGGUUCGC